GCAGACAACAACAUCCACGACUUUUGUCUUCGUUUUGCAAAGUGAACCAAAUUCAAUAAAUUAUCAAUCACAUGCGCUAGGAUCGAAUCACCCAUUUCUACUGUCAUGCAUACACCUUAAAGCUGGAAAUAUCGCUCAUCGUGUGAACCGGGAUCCUCUGUUAUAUCUGCACUCGACCCUUGUAGGCUAGAGCCAUGUCGUACUCGACAAUGCGGACUGCCGUAGUCCAGACUACCAUCUUGGCAGCCCUCACCAUGAUCAUCUCCCAUCAUAUCCACCAGCAUGCGUACGAUGGUGUGUGGGAGGAUGAGGUUUUCAAGAAUUUCACCCAAACCUUAGCACUGGUUGACAAGAACAUGACCAAGUCGACAUCGUCUUUCAACGGCACCAGCGUCACCAGUGAUACCUCCCAGUUAAAUAGCACUUCCUCCGUCAAUGGCACAUUCAGUGCAGCUUUCGAAGUUUCCAAGGACGAGCCGUCAUUCUACAUGGUACGGCUCCCUCGAAAGAUGCUCGUGGUAGCAUUGCUGUGUCCACUGCAGUACUACUGGCAUAUCUGGUUGGAGCGCUCGUUCCCCAGCCGGCCAAAAGGGGUUGAAAUUGUGAAUGAGAGGGAGAGGAGUGAAGUUGACGUUAUCGAUGACAGGGAAGAGAGAGUGGUCAAGAAAUGGAUCGCACAAGGAAAAGUGCGACGAUCUUCCCUUAGCUGGUGGAACACGUUCGUAAAGUGGAUCCUCCAUGUCAUCAUUGCCCAUCUCUGGUACGGCGCCGUCUACCACAUCGCAAUCGGGCUGUCGAAACUGGAAUCGCCCUCUAGCAUAUUUGCGAUAUUCGCGCCAUUCAGACUGUUUCUCUAUUGGAUUGGCAUGAUGUUCUCUAUUUCUCCCUUAGCAUCGCUCGUUGCAUUUGUCAUCGUCCCUGCAUCGCGACGCACCACGUUCAUAGAAGGCGCCGAUCUGCUAUGGACUACUUUUGUUGGCGCCUUCUUCCGUCUUGUCAUCCCUUGGAUGGUAAAAACGACCUAUGCGCAGGACCUGAUGGGAAAUUUCACGGAGGGGAUGAUGACAAGCGACGAGAAGAUGAAGAAACUACGUGCGCUUGAUGAGUUGUAGACGCGGCUUGCAGGUAAACGAGAUUCCGCGAGGAGGACCAGACGUUAGUUCCGUAAAUCGAAAUUGUGAGUUCGGAAAACCCUCCAAGGGAAAAAAGAGCAAAUGAAAAUUGAAACAUAUAUUUUCAAAAUAAUUAAAUGUAGCUUAUACGUGCUGGUUAUCCAAUAACUUGCGAAGUAUGCUGCUACAGUCAGUGACAUUUUUUCUGGCUCCAGCCCCAUUUUGAAUACCC